AUGCCGGUGGUGUACACUAUACAGGAAUCUCAAUGGAAUCGUUGGUUCUGGCUGGCUCUUUUUGCUCUACUCCUGGGUCCUUUUGCCCAGGCAGCCAAGAUCUUGGUACUGUUUCCCCAUGCCAACGAGGGUCACUUUGCGGUAAUGCGAACUCUGGUCACGGAAUUGGCCAACCGAGAGCAUACAAUUGAAGUCUAUACUGCUCAUGGUUUGGGCGAAUCCCUGGAUAAUGUAACGGAAACGGUGACAGCGGAAUAUCCCUUUUGGAGCGAGUUGCAAAAAGAGGCGGCGCCCAAGGGAAAUCUCGCUGAUUUGGGUCGUCUGCCCAUUGAAAAUCUUCGCCAGUCGUUGGCCAUCGUGGGAGCCCGUGCCCUGGAUCACUUUCUCGCCCAAGAUCCUGUCCAGAAACUGCUGAGGAUGACCUACCUUGAAUUCGAUUUCGAUGUGAUCCUAGUGGACUACUUCUACACGGAGGCUCUGCUGGCACUGGGUGCACUUCAUCAGAGGCCCGUUGUGGGGAUCGUAUCCACAGAUUUUGGCAACUACAUGGAUGCUGUGCAGGAGGCUCUGGUUCCCGCCGCCUGUUCACCCAUUGAUUUUGAGCGGGAUUCGCUUCAGUUAAGCUUCUCCGAGAGACUUGGAAAUAUCAGGGAGUGCAUUGGCCGCCGGAAGCGGUUCAUCAAGGAUCACUACGGCGGUCAGGAGCAACUAGUAACCAAGUACUUUAAGCAGCAGCACUCGAUUCCCGAACUGCAGGCCAGCCAUCUAUCUGUACUCCUUUUAAAUAGCCAUGUGCCCUUGAUGACUCCCAAAGUGAGUAUCCAGCAGAUCGUUCCCGCUGGUGGAUUGCACAUCCGGGGUCCCAAGGAGCUGCCGUGGAAUGUGAAGCGCUUCCUGGUCGAGUCGCGUCCCGGGGCUAUCUACGUGCAGCUGGGAAAUGAGCAGCCAUGUGGCCAGCUGCCCAAGGAAAAGCUGGACACCCUGAUUGCCUUCUUCUCCUCCCGAAAGGAGGGGAUCAUUUGGACCUGUCACGAUGUCCAGAAGUUGGAGGGUUUGCCCAAGAAUGUGAUGAUCCAGCAUGCAGUGCCACAAAUCGAUAUUCUCGCUCAUCCCAGGGUCAAGGUCUUCCUGACCAAUGGAGACCUACUGAACCUGCAGGAAGGGAUUGUGCGGAAUGUGCCCAUCCUGGGAUUGCCCCUCUUCCAGCACGAAAGACGGAACAUGGAGCUGGCCGUGCGAUUGGGAGUGGGUCUGCCGCUGGAGGAGGGCAAUGUGACGGCAAUCUCCCUUAACUGGGCAGUGGACAGGCUGCUCCGGGAGUCCCACUUCCAGCUGACCAUUCGCGAUGUGUCGCUGGAGUACAGGGAUCGUCCCCUCGGCGCUCUGGCCAGCGCUCUCUUCUGGGUGAACUACGUGGCCCGGCACAAGGGAGGAGCGGCUUUGAAGACCCGUGGAAUUGGAAUCUCCUCCUGCCACUUGCACCUCUUUGACCUCUUUGUGUUCUAUGCUGGAAUCGCUACUUUAGUGGUGACCUUCUUGGCGGCCCUGAUCUACGGAGGUGUUUAUUUUUGGAAUAAGAAGAACGAUUCCAAGGCGACCAAAGUAAAUUAAGUUUCAUGUAUGAAAAUAAAGUGCAUCUUGUGCAG